UACUUCCUUCGCCGGUCUUCGAGUUGGCGUUGCGCGGAGAGCGAAACCCUAGAAGCCGAUCUUUACGGUCAUGGCGAAGAACCGGAACAACAAAACGAAGAACAAGAGUAACCCGAAGAAGGACGGCGCCGUGCCGAUAGAUGCCUCCACGGAGGCCGUAGUGAUGGAUACGUCGGAUGGAAACCCGUCAAAUCCAGCUCUUGGUGCCAUCAAUAGAAAGAUCAAGAAAGCAAUACCAGUAAAGAGAUCCAAGAACAUCCGGAAGCUAAAACUUAUAGCCAAAGCUAUUGCCAACAGUGAGAAGGGAGAGGAAAAACAAUCGAGGAACAAAAGUAAGAUGCUGAGGAUUCAUUCUGCCAAGUCUUUGUAUGACUAAAAUUAGUUUAGAUUUGUUUAUUAUUGUUGGUCCAAUGUACGGGGCUUCCACCCAUGCAAAUCCAUAGAAGGUUAUGGACUGUGAUGAUACCCAUGCAGUAUUUGUUUCAACAGCAUGAUUCAUGGGUCUGAAUAAUUACUAUUAGCUUGUAGUUAAUGAUUUUGUAACAGAGAGCUUUUUUAUUGGGAUGGAUGAAAAAUUUAUCAGCCA